AUGUCUGCAAAAUUUGGGAAGAGUGACUUAGGAAAGCUUACCUAUUAUCUUGGUAUUGAGGUAGAUCAACAUAAGGAUGUAAUCACUUUGAGACAAGAAAGAUAUGCUAAGAAGAUCUUAGAAGAAACCGAGAUGAAGGAUUGUAAUGCGGUUCACAUACCCAUGGCCCUGAGUCUAAAUCUUUCUAAGUCUCGCGAUGAAAACAGCAUAGAUGAGAUGAACUACAGAAGGAGCAUUGGAUGUCUUAGAUACUUGCUGCAUACUCGCCCUGAUAUUUCUUAUGGUGUCGGAUUUCUGAGCAGAUAUAUGCGAGAACCUAAGCAAUAUCAUGGUACGGCUAUGAAACAUGUUUUAAGGUAUUUGCAAGGUACUUUGACGCAUGGACUUUUUUUCGGUGGAGCAAGUGAGAUGAAACUUGUGGGAUUUAGUGACAGUAGUCACAAUGUUGAUGAAGAUGAUGGCAGAAGCACAACCGGUCAUGUCUUCUACUACUCGAGCUCACCGAUCACAUGA